AGAGGAUCGCUCAUCGGUCGCUGCUUCACUAGCUCGUCGGCGGGGGGGAUCGCCCGCCUCUCGCUCUCUCCUCUCGUCUCGUCUUUCUAGCUGCGACUGUGUACUAUACUAGUCCGCAUCCGCACACUAGCCAGUAGUUGUCCAAUUCUCCAAGUGGUUCAGAGGAGCUAGCAGUACCUCACGCGGAGUAUAUGAGCGAGUGUUGGCACUGGCGCUGUCUAUCCGCCUAUCAUCCCUCCCCAGCCCGAAAAGCUAUGGCCCUGAGCUCUCCUCCCUCGCCCUGGCGCAAAGGUGCGUGCGUCGUCGCUGCCGACGCUGCUAGCGUUUGCUGCGUCCGUCUCCUUCGCUUCCUUUUCCCUUCCCCCUAGCUCCCUCGGCUCUGCUGCUUUGCCUUGCGCGCCUUUGUACUAUUUUACUCCGCCUUUCGAUUCUGCGCUGAGCUUUUCAUCUCCAGUGUAGUGUAACGUACGUCAAGCCAUCCAUCCAUCCAUCGGCAGUUCGGCACCCGGCCAGCCGGCGGGCGCGCUGGGCUGCCUGCGGCUACACGUACGUCGUAAUCCCGCUCUCCCGCCUCGCCCGCCCCGGUCGUCCCGGGCUCCCGGCCACAACAACUACACAUAGACACAUGGCGCAUGAUGAGCCAGGUUUCGCGUACGCGGACUACUUCGCGGCGGCGGCCGGCGCCGUGGCGACGUUCGUGCCGGAGGUGGACGUCGGCGGCGGCGGGGAGGAGGGUCUUCACCUCUACGGCCUGCAGCCGCACCACCAGCAGCCCGGGGUGGAGAUGUACGGGGCCAGGGGCCACAUGCCGCCGGCCGCGAUGAUGGCGGCGCACGGCGGCAAGGCCGCGCUCGGUCUCGACGUCGCUUCUCCCGUCGUCGGCGGGCACUUCGGGGACGACCACCUCCGGCAGGCUCUCCAGGCGCCGCUGUCGCUGUCGCUCCACGACGACGGGACCGCCGACGCCGCGCCGCUGGCGCUGCACCACCACCACCACCAUCUCGGCGGCGUACCGCAGGCGCAGCAGCACCAGCCGCCGGGGGCGUGGCCACAGCCGCAGCAGCAGGGCGCGUGGCACCUGCGCGGCUCCAGGUUCCUGCGCCCGACGCAGCAGCUGCUGCAGGAGUUCUGCACCCUGCCCGUGGACACCGUCACCAGCACGCCCGCGAAGCCAGCGAGCGUGGAGGACGGCGUCGGCUCCUCGUCCUCGGCGGCGGCCCCGUCGCAGCAGAUAAUCCAGGCCAUGGAUGCGGCCGAGCUGCAGAGGCUCAAAGCCAAGCUCUACGCCAUGCUCCAAGAGGUGGAGAGAAGGUACCGGAGGUACCGGGAGCAGAUGAGGGCCGUGGCGGGGUCCUUCGAGGCGGUGGCCGGGGAGCGGGCGGCGGCGGCGUACACGAGGCUGGCGCAGCGGACGAUAUCCAGGCACUUCCGGAGCGUGAGGGACGGAGUGGCGGCGCAGAUGCAGGCGGUGCGCCGGGCGCUCGGCGAGAAGGACGCGGACGACGGCGGCGUCGUCCCGGCGGCGGCCGGGAUGAUGGCCAACAAGGGGGAGACCACGCCCAGGCUGCGGGUCAUCGACCAGUGCCUGCGGCAGCACCGGGCGUACCAGACCGGCGUCGUCCUCGAGAGCCAGCCGUGGAGACCGCAGCGCGGCCUGCCGGAGCGCGCCGUCUCCAUCCUCCGGGCGUGGAUGUUCGAGCACUUCUUGCACCCGUAUCCAAGCGACGUGGACAAGCACAUCCUGGCGCGCCAGACCGGCCUGUCACGCAGCCAAGUCUCCAACUGGUUCAUCAACGCGAGGGUUAGGCUGUGGAAGCCGAUGGUGGAGGAGAUGUACUCGGAGGAGAUGAAGGACCCCAAGGAGGGCGCCUGCAGUAACGCGAACAGCAGCGUGAACACUGGCGCCGGCUACGCCUCCGAGGAGCUAGGGCAGCCGCUGGGGCACGGGGGCGCCUGUGGUGGCGUGGACGAGCAGAAGCCGACGCGGGCGCAGCUGGUCCACGACGCCGGGUCGCUAGCAUCAGCCGUCAGCAUCGGCAGCAGCAGGGACCAGCAGCAGAUCAGCAGCAUCAACUUCCGCAUGAUGGACCACCUCGACUUCGACGCGUACAGCGGCGACCCCGCCGCGGCCGGCGGGCCAGCAGCUGGGUUCGGUGGUGCUGGUGCUUCCGGCGGCGUGUCGCUCACGCUCGGGCUGCAGCAGCACGCCGACGGCGACCCCCACGGCGGCGUCAACAUCGCGUUCGCCGCGGCUCCGUCGGCCGCGCACGAGUUCCUGUUCAUGGCAGGCGGCGGCGAGCAUCGGAUGGUCGCGGCUGGCGCCGUGCACCCGUCGUCGUCCCACGGCCACGGUCAGUUCGCCGCCAGCAUGCAAGGCGACAGCGCCGGUGUGGCCUCCUCGCACUACCACCGGGGCCUCGGCGCCGCCACUGGGUUCCAGCUCCUCCAUGACCUGGCCGGCUGAUCGCAUUAGCAUGGCAAGGGACGGACCCUGAUGACUAGGCCGAUCGAGCGCUUUAAUUGGCUUUGGAGGUUCACGCGCGGCCGGUUGACGGGGAUGUGCCAACGGCAGCAGCUAGCCGGAUGGCAUUGGCAUGAGCGCAUGGCGCUCGCGCAGCUUGCGCGCUUCGGAUUUUUGUAGGGUUUAGAUUCCUCUCGCUUCAAUUCUUGGCACGGUGUCUCUGUCUACAUGUGUAUCUGUAUCGCUUCGGAGAAUGCCAUUAUCUGCCAUGGACAUGGACGUCUCUUGCUCCGCGCGAACACUAGCAUCUAAGAAUUUUUAUAAAAUUUACUCCCUAAAUCAUCAUAUAAAAA